UAUUGCUUUUGGUACGCGUAGUCCAGCUACCACAGAGUUCCAUAUUUAAUUCUCUCCACCACCAAUCAUAUAUUUUCCAUUAUACUUAACACUCUCCUUCAUUCAAUACUUCACUCACUCCAACUCCGAUCACAAGAAGAAACAAAUCAUGGCCAUCGCCGGAGUCAGCCAUCCAUGGUUCUGUCUCUUCCUCAUCCUCACCUCCGCCCUCGCCGUUUGCCGAUCUGACGAUGAUCCAGAUUGUGUUUACACUUUCUACAUAAGAACCGGGUCGAUCUGGAAAGCCGGGACGGAUUCAAAAAUAACCGCGACUUUCUAUGAUUCAUACGGGUACGGGCUCCAAAUCGGGAACGUGGAGACAUGGGGCGGCCAAAUGGGUCCGGAUUACAACUACUUCGAGAGGGGAAAUCUGGAUAUAUUCAGCGGCAGGGCGCCUUGCUUGCCCGGACCCGUUUGUGCCCUGAACUUGACUUCAGACGGGUCGGGUCCUCACCAUGGAUGGUACGUCAAUUAUCUGGAGCUCACCACCACCGGCGUCCACAAGGCUUGUGCUCAGCAGCUCUUCACGGUGGAGCAAUGGUUGGCCACCGAUACUUCGCCGUAUAAGCUGACGGCCAUCGUUGAUAACUGUGCCCAGAGUUUAAACAUGGAGGGCCAGUCUUCUUCUGAUUCUUCUUCUCAUCUGCCGCGGACUCUUGUUGCUGAGAUUUAAACGGUGAGUUGGGCUUUUCCGGCGUGACGGAAUGAUGUUGUUUUUUUUUCUCUUCCCAAUAUUUAUUUUUCUGGGUGAUUCUAGUUUUCCACUGGAGUGAUUUGUGAGAGGCAUAAUAUGAGAGAAUAAAAUCGGGUGAAAAUUUGAUUAUUCCGGCUGGAUUAUCACUAUCGCCGGUGGGAUUAUUGCUCUUCUGGUGUACAUUAUGUUGCUGUUGUUGUUGUACAAUUCGGCUUUUUGCUAUAUUAUGGAUUAGAAGUUUAGAACUCACAAACAAGAAAAGAAAAGGUCCCCCUAAUAGUAAUGGUCAUAUGAAACAUGUGGUUCAUCUUGGAGAAACUAGUAGAAUGUCUCCCUUAUCAGCCAAAUCUUUGGGAGAGAUUCUGCUAGUUUUCCAAAGAUUUGGGACUAGAAAGGCGAUUUUCCCUUCACAAUGAUUAAUUUGGUGCUAUUAUUAUCAUGAUUACGACAACUACAUGUUUGAUGGCAUUAUAAUCAAUGGAAAGGGAAAAUGUUUCCUCAACGGUGCAAUCAAAACUAUAUAUAGUCACUAUUGUUCUCUUUGGUAAGAAUAUCCUCCAAUGUCACUUAGGUUAAUUUCAGUUAUCUGCCAUUGUUUCUGUAGCUACUCUAAUUGUUUAGCAGAAGAUUCCCAGUUUGCCUAUGCACGUAUCGCCAAUAUUCAGUUUUUUCAUAUAGAUCCUGCAGGUCUCUGUAUCAUGUAGUAGAUCAGUUCAUUAUCAAUGUCAUCAAUAAGAAGCUAAGGAAAUAAAAGAACAACUGAAACAGCUAAGAUGCCUAAAAACUAAUUUUGAAAGAAAAAGAACAUCUGUCAGUCAACCUAAGUAAAAUUAGGUAACAGAGGAAUAUAGGAACCUGUAGGAAUGCAAAGAAGCAUGAAACCAAAACCACUUAGAUCACAAAUAUUCCCAACGCACUACGAUUCACCGAAAAGAAGCAUAAAACAGACGUUUAUUGCAGAAAACCAGAAAUAACAAAGGACAGAUUUCAAACAACCAAAGACCUCCCUUAAACUCUCGGUACUGGGGGUCCUGGUGAGCAGCAACCGAAACAACCAAACAAAAGCUGUGCAAAUCUUCUAGACAACUAACUUCUUGUGCAGGUUUAUGAAGCUCAAGUUCAACAAAUUCCUUUUCGCUUUCGCCACCACCAACUGAAUCCGGAACCACGGAAACUAAGCUUUCGACAUAAUUGUCUACUAAACAGUACUUGACAGCUCCAUCUUUCGCCAGCUCUUCUACUACUCCACUCUCUGGAUCGUAAACAGCAAGGCCGCUGCUUCUCCUGUUCUCACGCCAAUGAAUGUAUCCCAAAAUCUUCCCACUCGCAGUGACAUCAGUCAUAGUGUGGACUGGCCUUAAAUCUAAAUUGCUCGGUAUGACAAAUUGUUUCACCCACUCGGAAUGAUCAUUCCCUGUCAUUGACCAGAGCUCAAACUCAUCUUUCAGCAAUGAGGAUCCGAAUAAGGACAGACACCCUUUGUACCAUCUCAACCAAGCAUCCUUAAUGGUGACGUAGCUGGGAACUACAAAUUCACCAUAACUAUUUUCCUGAGUCAGAUGAACAUAGCAAAACUGAACGCGAUUCUGUUCAUCUGUUCCAUUGAUGAAAUACAGAUACCCAUUGUUAAAUAGACAAGUCUGGUUGUGUCGACACAUAUUACUAUGAGGACUACUACCCAUAUCUGGAGGGAUUGUCAGAUUGAAUUUUUAUGCCUAGGCGAUCUACUAACAUUCAACAUCAGUGUAGUCCAUGAAUGAUUUUUUAAGCUAUAAACCUCGAAUUUGUAGACAGAAUAAUUCGGCGAUUCAUGGAAGUAAACCUUGGCAACUUUGUAAUCCUCACUCUCGGUGUCAAACCCAAAACCAACAGCACAAGUAACAAAACCAAAAUCAAAAGCCAUACUGCGAUGUAACAAAAUGCAUUGUCGCAAGGCAGGAUUCCAUAAGUAUAUAUGAAUGUCCGAAUUCCUGUGGCGUUCUUUGAAUAUGCAAAAGACCCCAUCAACACAACUUACAACGCAAGUCGUGUUGAGACGUAAAAAUGAGUUUUGUUCAUCUCCCUGGGCUCCUUCAGCGUUUCCGGGCUGGAGAUUUUGAUCCAGCUGACGAAAUCAGGGAUUUUGUUACAGCUGAAACAGAGUUGUUGUCCUGGUCUAUGGUGGUAAUUUUAAUUGUUUACCCAGAUUUUGCCACUUCUCUCACAGUUCAAAAAGACGGGUCCUGCUCCGAUUUGGUGGUAAUAAUCGUUCCCGAAGACUGCCGGGAGGUUGUUUCCGGGAGGCAUGAGACCUUAUGAAUCCUCUGCUUGAUAUGAG